AUGCACGCGAAGAGAACCCGGUACGCGCAGCACCAGCUGCGCGAGGGCUCCGAUGAUGAAUGGAAAAUCAUUCAAGGUCUAGCAGAAGGCAGCAUUGUCAGCAGGCGUCUGCCGGAUUUCAUCAGAAGUAUUCUAGACUCUCAAGAGCGGCUGCGUCUGUACAGCACGAUUCAAGCGCAGGUUGAAGGGGAGCUCAUGUUUGUUUUGAACGGCUAUACGGGCGUUCGCGUAAGCCGCCAGCACACACGUGCGUUCCAAGAAGACAUUCUGCUCGCAGCCGAGCGGGCUAAUGUGAAUUUGACGGAGCUGCAUGGGUUGCUAAGUCAAACCAAAACGAUAAGCUUCAACAGGGUCAAGAAGUCAAUCCAUUUCUUCUUUUUUGAUCGCGCGACAGCUGCGAGGCAUGCACUGACACCAGUGCCGUUCAAAGGAAGAGUGUACCGCUUGAUGAACGUACACGGGCCCGACCGCGGAACCCCGUGGGAGCGCCAGUUAGGACGCGCUGGUGUUAGUAUGAGCCCGCCAACGGAAUACGAAGUCCGUCUAUACAACAUCACGCGCUUCAUGGACAUCGGACGACUGACAGCCUUUUUUAAAAAGCACAGUCAGGCCGAAUUCGACUUCGAGGAUCUUGAUGCCUGCACGCCGAACUCUCGCACUUCUACAGUGUGGAAAUUAACAUUCAAAUUAGCAGGAUGCCCAGAAUUCCUGCGGGGAAUCCAACGAAUCAUUUGGUUCGGGGCAAGCAUUGUGAUCAAGCACCCGGCUGUAGGUCGUCGCCUGCAGUGUCUACGUUGCGGGCAGCUAGGACACACUCUCGCGCGGUGCAACUACACGGACGACCAAUUAAGUGGGCAAGGAGACUGGUGGCUUGUGAAGAGGAGGUGA